AUGGACAGACAGCAGCGGGGAACAGCGUUUGCAGAGCUGAGGCCGAUCUGUGUGUGUUUGAGCAGUGUCUGGACAGGAGCAGAAGUUAACAGUAAAAAGGUGUGGGAGGCGCUGGAAGAGCUGGAAAAGGUACUGGAACGGCACCAAAAGGCAGGAAAUAUGCUUGGAAGUGGAAUUGCAGACUAUAUUUUUAUGCCACUUGGGUAUUUAUGGCGGCAACAGCGAGAACUGAGUGACAGAGUGAAAUCAGGACUGGUGGGGUGUACAGGGUUGUUAAUUGAGACGGGAUGGAGAACAGAACUUACAGAGAAGGUGGUGAAAGAGCUCUGUGUGCUUUUGACGGGGUUUGUGCGGGCAGAAAACGCGGAAAUGCGAGAUAUGCCGGAGGAUAUACGGAUAAAGGGAAUAGAGGCGCUUGAGAGGCUUUUUUGGAGCGAACAGCGGCGUAGGGAGGAAGCAGUAGGCGUAGGGAAAAAGGGAGAAGCGGAUGGAGGGCGGGAGAGGGUGUCUGAAGUGCUGGAGUAUAGCGCUACAGAGCAAGUGUGUGGAUGUGAUGUGUGUGGUAUUGUUUGGGAUAGUGCGGGAGAAGGUGUUUCUGAGGCGUUUUUUGCCAGGGAUUAUGUCGUGUGUCUGCAAACGAGUGGCAAAGGGGCAGCUGAAGAGCAGCCGGGUGGUGGAGCAGUCAAUGGUGUAAAAGGUGCAACGGAGGGGACACAGGAGGGGGUGUCGGGGGAUCAGAGGAGAGAUCAGAGUGAAAAAGCGGGUGUGGAAGAAGAUGUGAGAAAAAUAGGCUCUUUUUCUGCAUUGCAGAGUCCUGUAGAGGCAAAAGAGAUGCCAGUGAAGGCAUUGGGGGCUGCAGAAGGGGUUUUGGACGGGUCUGUGGCGGUUUUAUCUUCAGAAUGGCUGUUGAAUACGCGUGAACACAUGUAUAUGGUUUGCACGGUUCUUAUGAAGUUGAAGACGCACUUUAACCAACGGGUUCGACAACAGGUGUUGGAGUUUAGUUUCAGGGUAGCAGGUUCUUGCUUUAAAACACUCAAUAAUUGUGUCAAACAGUCACUUUUGACGAUUUUGUUUUUGGCAGGUGAUAUGGAAGCAGCAGUGCAGGAUGUGUCAGUGAGUCGUUUUUUCGAGCUAGCAGUGUGUCAAAGUCAUGAGCCGGAGUUUUGGAAUCUCAUUGAUCUGCUUCUAAAGGAACAUCUUGACACGUGGCCGGAAGUAUGCUUGUUACCUGAUGAGGAUGCUAAACGGCGGCAUUUGGUUGCGGUUAUGCAUAUUGUGUCUUUGUUGUUGAAAGAGCGAUUAGAGAUCAGCUUUAUUUCCGACUUUCUUAUUCAUGGAAUCUCUGAUUCUCUUUGUUUUGCUGCAAAUACCAAAGUAUCGAGGAAUACAGAUCUUAUUCAGCCAGUGUCGCAUCUUUAUGCUCAAGACCCAUUUGAUAAUGAUGGACUGUCUGGGCAAACAUUCCCAGUAUUUCAUUUUGUAAAUAUAGAAAGUAAUUUGACAUUUUUGGCAUUAGAGAAAAUAUUUACGCUUUUUGGAAAAUAUUCGUCUGUUGAGUUUUUGAAUUAUCUUCUUUACAAAAUAAAGGCAUCUCUGUGUGAGUCUCGUGCAAAUGUUUUAAAAUGGGUUUUUUUGUGCAGUUUGCGGGAUGUAAUGGAGCAUUAUGAUUCUUACAUACAAUAUAAUGAUAAUCAAGAUUUAAAAGUUAAUAUGGAGGAUAUAUGUAUGGAUAUAUAUACUGAUUCAUCGAAUUACAUAUCAGACUUUUCGUCUUCUUUAUAUGAUGAUCCUAUUGAUUGUAAUAUAUCUCAAAGUAAAGUUAUUCGAAUAUGUUUGGAUUUAGAAAUUGUAUCUUUGGUUGCAAAAAAGCUUGGAAAAGGGUUCAGAACUGAGUUUGUCGAUUGCUUAUAUCCGAUAGUUUAUUUAUUAGGGAGUCCUUAUGAAAAUAUAACUAAACAUGCACGUAUAUGUUUGAAUAAUUUGGCCAUGUAUUGUGAAUAUAAUUCGGUUCAAGAUUUGCUGAUAGGGAAUGUUGAUUAUUUAAUCAAUGCAAUUAAUUUAAAAUUAAAUACAUUUGAUGUUAUGCCCACUGGUCCAUCUAUACUGGUUAUUCUUUUGCGCUUAAUAGGUUCUAGUAUUGUCCCUUAUUUAGAGGAUAUUGUGGAUUCUGUCUUUGUUGUAUUGGACAAUUAUCAUGGUUAUUCUAAACUUGUUUCAGUAUUUUUUUCAUUUUUAAAUGAAGUGAUUCAAGUUAAUAGCAAUUCUAUAAAGCCUAGUAUUUCUAAUGUGGUUAAAGAGGAUGAUAUUCAUAAUACAGGUCCAUGUUUAGAGGUUAUUCACAUUGUUGAUAAAAUACAUUCUUUGUAUCAUAAAAAUACGGUGGAUGGGAUUGAAGCUGUAUCUAAGUCGUCUAGUCAUUCUUUAGAAAAAUUAUCAAAUAAUAUUAAUAAAGUGACACUUAAAAUUAUUCAGAAAAUUUCCAAUAAAUCACAAGUGUUUCUUAAUCAUCAGUCAUCAAAUAUUCGAAAUGGAUUAUUAAAAAUGCUUUCUACUUCAAUACCUUUUUUGUCAUUGGAUGAAAAAAGUUUUUUACCCUUCGUUAAUGAUAUUUGGCCUCUUGUUAUUGCUCAGUUGAAUUUAGAUGAGAUGACAUCAGUUAUUUUAUCUGCUUUAGAUGUUAUUGCAUUACUCUGUGUUUAUGCUAAAGAUUUUAUGACCUCAAGACUUUCGAAACAUGGGAUCAAGAAUUUAUGUGAUCUUUUAAGUACAAGUCUUCAGCGAAGCAAUUAUGUACUUACGGAUAAAUUUUCAAGAUCAAUAAAGAUUCAAAAUAAAAUCUUUUUGGCACUCAAUGCCGCUGUUGAAAAUGUUAAAUUACCAGAUAAAACUAUUGAUAAAAUGAUUGAAUCAGUGAUAUUUUUUUUUAGAAAGUCAGAUAGGACACUAGAAGCAGAAACACUAAUGAAGACACUCGAAAAAAUUUACUCUGACAAGCUUUGGUUAUCAAUGCUUCCUUUUUUGGAUUUUAAAGAUGUUAAACCUUUAUCAGAAGAUGGUCUUAUAUUUUCAGACGUUGUUUUAUGA